AUGGCUGGGGGUGAUGUAUCCCAGUUGGACGCCAUCUUGGGAAAGACCUCAGGACUCUCAAGUAACAGGGAGCAGUCUAAGAUAUCUUUGGACCAUGUGGUUAAGGAAAGGUAUGCAUCAGACAACAAUGAUGUGAUCCCUCUCACUUGGGCUCUCAAGAGCAAGUAUGAGGAUAGUGAAUAUAACUGCAUUGAGAUGAUUGACACCACCACUGCAACUGACAGUGGCUCCAAAACAACAAGCCAAAAGCAGCCCAAAACAAUUAGACCCCAGCCUCCUGUACUGUUGGAAAUCACCACAUGUUGGUAG